UGGCAUAUAAUAAUUGUCAGUGUCAGAGCCAGCAAGAAGAAUAUUUUCAUAUUUUUCAUUUUCAUUUCCUUUCUUCAAGUUUCUUCAAGAUUUUCAGCAAUAGCAAUUUUUUAUAGAACUCUAAUGUGAAUUGUGAUAUUUAAUUUUACCUUAAAUUGUAUUCAUAUGGUCAAGAAAAUAUCCAUACUCCGAUAUUGCUUUCUACCGUCACGUAUCUAUUAUUGUUAUGAUGUGGCCCAAUAGUAUUGGAUUUUUAUUGUGAUAAUCAUCUUCUGAACAUAAAUUUCAAUUUGAGGAAGAUUCCGAAAUCUCUAGACCACAAUGGCAUAUCAAACAUUUCUGCAAGAGUAUAUGUUGAUACCGCCUGUUACUAGGGCAUAUACCACUGCUUGUGUUAUCACCACUUUGGCUGUGCAACUAGACUUGGUGUCACCAUUUCAACUGUACUUCAAUCCAAUACUGAUAGUGACCAAGUAUCAAAUAUGGAGAGUUAUCAGCACAUUCCUCUUCUUUGGAAAUUUAGGAUUCAAUUUCUUCUUCAAUAUGAUAUUUACAUACAGAUACUGCCGCAUGCUGGAGGAAGGCUCCUUCAGGGGAAGAACCGCUGACUUUGUUGUUAUGUUCAUAUUUGGAGGAGUUCUUAUGAUUAUUUGUGCUUUCUUCGUUAACCUUCUGUUUUUAGGUCAGGCUUUCACUAUCAUGAUUGUGUAUGUGUGGUCUCGGAGAAAUGUUUUUGUCAGAAUGAACUUUUUUGGAUUAAUGAAUUUCCAGGCCCCGUACCUUCCUUGGGUGUUACUGGGCUUCUCGGUGCUGCUGGGGAACUCCAUCUCGGUGGACCUGGUGGGGAUGGCCAUCGGACACAUGUACUUCUUCCUUGAGGACAUUCUGCCACAACAGAGAGGAGGUCACAGAAUUCUGAAGACACCCAAGUUUCUGCAAAAGCUGUUUGACGCACCACCAGAGGAUGUGGACUACGAGCCGCUGCCGGAGAUGGAGGGCGUGCGGCCCGGCGGGUUCCACUGGGGCCGCCAGGACGCCGGCGACGCGCCACCCCCGCCGCCGCCCGACAACGACAACAGAUAAACACACUGCAUGCACCCCCAACAAUCCAUUUAAGUAAAUAAAUGCAUAACUGACUGCCUACUAGAGCAUGUGCAUUUACUGUGAGUAAAUAUAUGAUGCAACAUUAAUUAAUGAUUCAGGAAAUAUUGUAACUAUUGUAUGUGAUUUGAUUACAUACUCUCUUUAUUUAUUUAACGUGGUGUUAAUGGCAUGUCAUGAUAAUGAGGUGAUUAUGUUUUUCAUGUGUGAGGAAAGCCAAAUAUUCUAUUAUAGGUAUAUUUUUUUAUGUGCAUUUGGAAUUGUUGUGUAAGACCCAACUAAUCACACUAUUAUUAUAAGAAAUUGUACAAAAGUUUGGGUAACUUAACUUCCAAUUAAAAUGGGUUGUACAGUGAGUUUUGUAAAAUAGUAACAGUUUAUAAACCCAAUGACAUUUUGUGUAAUAGGUGUAAUAAAAACUGUGAAAAUGUC